UGCGCGCGCGGACGUACCGCACCGCGCAGCGAGCCCAGCGCAGGCCGCGCCGCGUCCCAGAACAGCUCCCGACUGCGGAGACGCCGCGCCGCCGUCGCCAAGAGCAGCACCACAGUGCAGCGAUUGAGUGCAGUGUCCGGCCAAUCCGUGUUGAACUGACAGCCGCCGAGGCGGGGCGGGAGGGACUGAUUGCAUCAAGUGCGUCUUGGUCCACUGGCUACCCCGGCCAGCGCCCCGAGUGCGUCUUCGCGCCUUCGUGUCGGGCUUCCUGGCUGGAACCGGCAUUGCCAACUUCCACCGCCGCCAGGCGUUCGAGGCGUUCGAGGCGUUCCAAGCGUGAGCCGGCAUAUAUGGUCGCGGCACCAGAGGGGCCCAGCCCCGGGGGCGACCGCGCCUUGCACGCCUCGCUCGGCCCUGACGCCAGCACGCCGUGCUGAAUAGCCGAGUAGUCGAGUGUUUGCACACGCGCCGGGCGUACCAGCGACACGCCGCCAGCAGGCCAGCACCAGCCAGUCGUGCCGCCGUGCCCCGCGCCGCGCCGCGCCAUGGACACGCGCGCCGCCACGUCCCGGAGGCCGAGCUAGAGCCCCUCUCCCUCGCCGCGAGUGCCGUACAUCACCAUGACAACGACCGGCAGCCUCCUGGUGCGGCUGCUCACCGCGGCAGCCCUGCUGUGCUGGUGCUCCGGGCCCUGCCUGGCGCUGCGGGACGUGCUGCUGCAGAUGCCGCCCGUGGCGCGCGCCGGCAGCAGCGUCACGCUCAAGUGCCUGUACGACCUGGAGAACGACAAGCUGUACGCCGUCAAGUGGUACCGCGGCAACUUCGAGUUCUACCGCUCCACGCCGCACGAGAGGCCCGCCAAGCAGGCCUUCCCUUACCCGGACUUCCACGUGGACCUGUCGCGGUCGGACGAACACCAAGUGACGCUGAACCGGGUGCCGCAGUACAUAUCGGGCACGUUCUCGUGUGAGGUGUCCACGGACGCCCCGAAAUUCACCACUGUCGUCAAGAACGGACAGCUGGAGGUGCUCGACACCGUGAGGCGGCCCCUGCUCACCGUGUCCAAGGACCUGUACCGGCCCGGUGACGUCCUGGAGGCCAACUGCACCUCCCUGUCGCCGGCCAGCGCGGACCCGGAGCUGCACGCCGACACGGCCAUCGCGGCGACGCCGCACGGCCGACGCCACCCCCACGGCGGUGCCUCGCUGCUGCCUCAGGCGCCGCCCCUGCAGCCGCACCAGCUGAGCGCGCUGCAGCGCGCGCACCUCCAGAAGGACUUCGGCAGCGAGGCGCCCAUGUCCUUCAGCUUCUGGGUCAACAACAAGCCGGUGCCGGGCGCCAUGGUGCGCCAGGGUGCGUCCAGCGCCACGCUCACGCGCCCCGUCGCCGAGGACGACUUCUCCGUCUCGGGCGAGCUGCGCAUCAAGUGCAGCGUCACGCUGGCCGGCAAGUACCGCGAGCCCAGCCACGCCGUCACCGUGCGCCGCCAGGAGGAGGACGACGAGGACUGGGAGGAGGGCGAGGACGAGGAGGACGAGGCCCCCGGCGUGGAGGAGCCGCCCGUCGUCACCGAGACGCACGCCGCCGUCAACGCGGUGCUCCCGGACCCGGCCAACCGGUCCGGCGGCGCAGGCGCGGAGGGCCUUGCGUCCAGUCCAGUCGGCACAGUGCUUCUGAUACUAUCGGUGCUCUUGGCGCGAUUCCAACUCCCAAGAUAAGGACCUGGUGAAGGGGUGUUACACCUCCGAUGUAAAUCAAUGUAAAUAUAGAUUUAUUAUUUGUAA